AUGGGUCCAAGUGGCGUCUUUGCGGCUGGCAAGAAGGACAGCAAGCGGGAGACACUUUCCCGGACGGAUUCGAGCUCGAGCAUAUUCCAUAUGCUCAGUCAGACACCUGAACUCGCCGCUGAGGCGUCCACAAAACUCAAUCGUUCGUCGAGACUUAAGCCGGGCGUUGAUUUUGGCCAUGCUGGAGUUCCUGAGCCCGCUGUACAGCGCAGGAAGCUCCAGCUUCUUCCACGGUCUGUUCUUGCUGCUGAAGAGAACGCCACAACUCUUUCGGAAGAAGAGCCUGAAAACGCACCCACCACCAUAUCAAAAGCAACCGUCAAGAAGAUUGAUGAAGACGUGAAGGAGUUCUUCGCGGUUCGCAAUCUCCAAGAGGCAGAUGACUACUUCCUCAAUCUUUCUGACAAGCACCGCUUCCGGCUCGUGGACAAGCUGGUUGCGUCCGCGCUCGAGAGCAAAGAGACAGAUGCAAGGUUGGUGGGCGAUUUCUUCGCGCAGGCUAUGAGCAACGGACAGUGUACGCUUGAGGUAUUUGAGAAGGGAUUCAUGCCCAUGGUAGAAUGUUUGGACGACAUUGCCAUUGAUGCUCCCAAGGCGUUUGAUUAUAUGGCUAUCAUGCUCAGGGGUGCUGGGUUCCGGAAUGAGCCUGAGAGACUGCGUCGGAUAGCUUCGAAGCUCGAGGAUAGCGACAAACUAGUCUCUCUCGUGGCUUGA